AUGGAACGACUAAAGCAGAAGCGGACGGCUCUGAGGUCUCAUGUAACGAGGCUGAUCUCCGCCAUCGACGCAGUUAUCGCAAGCCACUCCGACGAGCGAAGCCUCAACGUAUUAUCGGUGAGGCUCAGUGAGUUGCGAAUACAGCUGAGCAACGUGAACGCAUCCAUCGAACCACUGGUACCUGACGGAGACGUUGAGCAAAACUACGCCCGCACGAUUGAAUAUGACGACAAGUUCGUCACGUACAUCGCCACCAUCGCACAGGUGGUAGAGGAACUCCGACGAGCGAGGCCCCAAGCUGGUACAACGCGGAUUCACAACGACGGCGACGGACACGUUGCAACCUCUAAGGUGAAGCUGCCGAAACUGGAGCUUCAACGGUUUGGCGGUGCAGCUACCGAUUGGCAACCCUUCUGGGAACAGUACAAGCAAGCCAUACAUGACAACGACAGCCUCUCUAACGCUGAGAAGUUCUUGUACCUGCGGUCGACGUUUACGGGAAAGGCGGCAUCGGCGAUAGCCGGCAUUCAAGCAACGGGAGAGGAAAACUACAAUACCGUCGUUGAGCUUCUCAGGGAGCGCUUCGGUCGGACUGACGUUCUCAUUCAAGAACACCUCUCCCAACUACUUGAUUUACCAGCAGUACAACACUCGAGCGAGGUGAGCGGAUUGCGACGUCUCUGUGACCACUUGCAACGUAAUAGGGCCGCUCUCACCGCGCUCGGGGUGAAGAGAGACACUUACGGAGCUAUGCUCUGCUCUGCGCUACUGAGAAUGCUGCCGGGAGAGUUAGUCAUUGAUUACCACAAGUGCCGACGUCCUACGGACAAGGAAAACGACUGUAUCAAAAUAGAGAGCCUACAACGCUUCCUUAAGCUCGAAGUGGAGAGCCGUGAAGAGGCUCAACAAGUCCGUCAGCGAGAAGCCGAGAGUAUGAGCCAUAGCAAAAUAACAGAAGGCGGAAAGGCUUCUCUGAAGGGAUCAGCCGCUGCUCUUUCCUCAACUAGUCGCUCCAAACAGACUGAACAUCAAUUUCUCUGGAGGAGAAGAACCAAAGAUUUCGAGAAGCAGGACGAUGUUUCCGGUGUUCGAUCAAGGGACACACCUCCAAAGAAUGUCGCAACUAAAGAAUCAUGUGUGAAACAUCCGGGCGAAGGCACAUAA